CAAACUCUCAUAUGCGUACUUUCCUUUUUUCCUUUCCCCGUAUGUUCAGAUUCCCUCUCCCUCUCAGAUUCUCCUCUCCCACAAAUUUGCAGACGACAAAUCUAUGGCUGAAGCCACCUCCACGCUAUGCUUCUCCACCUUGUCUGCCUCGAUUCCCUUCUCCAAGGACUCUUCCUCCAGAAAUUGGGCUUCAACAUCUUUUGCUACCGCACCUAAAUUAUCUUCCCAAUUUCACCGCCACCGAUCUCCCUACCUCAAUUUUACCCUCAAAGCCUCCGGCUCCUCCCAUUUCCUCGGCGAUGAUGCUUUCGGAUUUUACCCAUGGGAGAACAAUGACUCUGCUGAAUCCUCUAUACAAUGGGUUUCGGAGGAGAAGAUCACGUUAUUUACUUCUGAUGGGCUGAUUCAGAUCGGCGGGAAUCUUGUGCCGCGCCGUGUUGAUAAGAAACAAGGGAAUGCAAAAAUGUCCCAAAAAUCUCAACGGUUUCAGGAGAGCAAGUACAUGGAUCCAAACCAAAGCCUAUGUCUUGGUGCUCUUUUUGAUAUUGCAGCAACAAAUGGACUUGAUACGGGUAGACGCCUUUGUAUAUUUGGCUUCUGUCGCUCCAUUGAGAUGCUUUGUGAUGUUGUGGAAGACACUGUCUUGGAGCAUGGUGGAGAGGUAGUGGCAGCGGAGAAAGCAAGCCGGGGAGGGCUGCAUGAAAAGCUAACGAUGACUGUUGCAGUGCCGUUACUCUGGGGAGUUCCUCCAGCUUCGGAAACCCUUCACCUCGCUGUUAGGAGCGGAGGGGGGAUUGUGGACAAGGUCUACUGGCAAUGGAACUUCCUGUAAAUUAUCAGAUUCUUCUCACCAUUCUUAAAGCCUAUUGUAAAUAACAUUGUGUAGAAUUUGUAAUUAAUCACACGUACUCAUACUUUGUCAAUAUAAUUUAACGAUUCUUGCUUUGUACA